UUGAAUUUUUUUUAGUGAAUAAAGUAAUAAUAAAAAUACGAUAACGGAUCCAUCAUCAAUUAUAUAUAAGCUGGGCAGAUAAUUUUAGUUUCAUCAUCAUCAAUCCUGUUUUUUUUUGUUUCGUUGAUGGUGAUAUAAUCUGAAUGUGUGUGUUUUUAUCUCUCUCAAUAAAUAGUGAAAGUAUUCAUUCCUUGUGUGUGUGUGUGUGCAUUUACUUAUUUGUAAUAAACAUCAUCUAAUCAAGGUGAUUCUAUUCAUCAAUUGUGUAAUUUUGUUAAAAAAACCGGCUAGACUAGUUACCUGUCUGUUGAAAGAAAAGAAUUGAGAAUCGAAUCCAAAUCAUUUUUGAUCUUAUGAUGUGAAUAUGGCCAUCAUUUCAUAUAAUAUGGCAACGAUGAAAAUACAUUUGUUGGUUGUUGUUUGGAUUGUUUUCAGCUAUGUUGUGAUGACCAUUGGACAAUUAGCCGUUAAUAAUAAUAAUGAUGAGACGACAACAUUUCAAUCGACCACUAUUGAUGAUAGAAAUUUGACCGAAUCAUCCAUUAAUAAAUCUGUGGUGACAACAACAGUCGAAUCAGUUGAUCGAGAUUUACCAACAAAUUUUGAUAAUUCUACAGCCGAAAGCAUUGAAAAUGAACAUUUAGAAAGCGAAGAUAAUGAAAACGACGAUGAUGAUGAUGAUGAUGAGGAAGAAGAUUAUGAUACAAAUGAACCAGUAAAAUCAACUACUGUUGAGAAUGUUGAAGAAGAUUCGGAUGAUUAUUAUAACCGAGGUGAUGAAGAUGAUGAUGAUGAUGAUGAUGAGGAAUAUGAAGAACCUGGAUGUACUGUGAAAACAUUGCUAGAAAACAUGAAUUUGACGGCCAUGCUUCCACAAGAUGGUGAUGUGCUUAGACAAGAAUAUGAUCAAUACAUGUUAAGCGAUGAUCCAUUACAAAUACGUACUGCACCAUCUGCUAAUCAUACAUUUCAACGAUUAAAUCGUUUGGUCAAUUGGUUUCGUGAUGUUGCCAAUCAACAACAAGUUCGUGCUGGUCUCACUAAUUUUCUUCAUCAAAAUUUUGACAUUUUUCUUAAUUUGGAACUGGAUUCCACUUGUAUUAAUUCGAUCAUUUCGAUUUUGGUGGCCAUCCGAAAGAAUGAACCAUGGGCACUCAAAUUUAUUGAUUCGGCACCGAAAAUUCCUUCCGGCAUAAUGAAUGGUGUGAGUUCGUUUUUAGGCAGUUUUGAUGAAUGUAUCUCGAUUGAAAAUCCAUCAUCGUUAUCGGAAUCAUACACUGGACAGUAUUGUGCUGUGAAACCAUUGCUACCAUUGCCUGCAACAGAAGUGGCCUAUAACUAUGAUCAACAACAAUCGUCUGAUCAACAGAUUGAACGUUUAAUGCGAUUCUAUACGGCGUACAAUGUACAGCAUUAUUUCCAGACCAAUCCUGUGCUCAAAUUUGUUGAACUAAUGAAAUCAAACAAAGGACGUGUCACUAAUUUCGGUAUUUGUCUGCCAAGCACUUGUAAUGCUCGCCAAUUGGAAAUUGCUCUCAACAAGUUUCUUUAUCCUAUUAUCGGAAUUCCAUUGGAGAUACAGGAUUCUUCAUGUUGGACAAAGAACAAAACCAACAAUUAUUGGCUUCAAUUGGAUGGCUACGCUCAAUUUGCAAUAUUAACAAUCAGCGUUCUGGUCGUAUUGGUCGGUGCAGCCACUCUUUAUGACUUACAUCCAUGGUUGGUUGGAAAUUUUCUGAUUGAUCAUGAUAAUAGAAUGCCAGAUCAUAAUCGAAAUGUGCAGCAACCAUCUGACAACGAUAAACUUGUGGCUAUCAAUACGAUCGUUGAGAUAUUUUCGGCUGUGGGCAACACACGCAGAUUAUUUGAUGUUUCACCUAAUCGUUUGAUGGUGUUGGACACCAUACGUUUGUUCAUCGUUGCCAUUAUUGGUCUGUGUAAUGCAUUCUAUCUGACACCAUUAACGUCGUUGUUGCAUAACAUUGCCGGUUCGGUUCCAAACGAACUAUUGAUCAGUCAAAAAUAUUUCUUGAUUCGUGCACCAAUUUUACUCAAUGAUGGCCUAUUGAUCAUAGCAGGUGCAUUGUUUGUCCGAAGUAUAUUCAGACAUCUAGUUCAACCUCAUGAUUUGUUCACUUAUCUAAUCUUUUUUGUACGACGAUGGAUUCGACUAACAUCGCCAUUGUUUGGUUCAAUACUAUUUUUGUAUCUGUUACCAUCAGCCGGAUAUGGGCCAUUAUGGUCCCGAGUUGGUGAAAUCUUGUUACCGGCUUGCAAGUCACCAUCAUCAAUGGCAUCUACAUUGUUUCAUUUCAGCAAUUGGAAUUUUGUACGUGCAAAUUACACAAAUGAUGAUUGCUAUUUGGUGUGCAAUCCAGAUACGUGGUUUGUCUCGAUCAUUUUCCAGCUGAAUUUGGCAUUCUUUCUGAUCGUUUUGCUCAUGUAUGAAUCUCCGAAAAAAGGUCUUCGAAUGUUGAUCAUAAUGAUCAUUGGCAGUAUAUUGUUGAAUAUAUCUCCACGACUGUUUUUGGCCAACACUCGUACCUAUUAUGAGAUGAUGAGACAACCAUCACUUUGGCAUGCUCGUCGUAGUUUCUAUCUCUAUCAUCAGAACAUUAUUCAAUAUCUUGGAUCAUUCAGCAUUGGAUUGUUGCUUGGCUAUGCGAUCAUUGUCAAUGAUAAUAUUAGCAAAGAUCCUAAAUCGAACAAUCACCAUCGUCAACAGCGGAAAAUAAUCAUUUAUAAUGGAUUGGCAAUUAUCGGUUUGUUCAUGCCAUUCAUUUGGGUUAAUCAAUUUUUUGGCCAAGAUGACAGUCCUAAUGAGCUAUCGGUAUUGUUUUUCUUUUCCAUUGGUCGUUUCAUUUUUGGUUUGUCGUUUGGUUGGAUCAUCUACGCGUCUGUUGCCAAUAAAUCACCAUUCAUCUACAAAUGUUUGACACCAUUGUCAAUUCAACCGAUUGCAAGAUUGUCGUUUGUUAUAUUUCUGGUACAGCCAUUGGUUCAAUAUCAACGAAUGUAUUCACACAAAGAAACUUAUGUGAUGACAUUUCGAAGAACGAUUGAAAAUUACUCAUGCGAUUUCAGCAUCAGUGUUGUACUUGGAUAUUUUCUUUACUUAUUGUUUGAAGCACCGGCUCAUCGUUUCAAUAUUGUUUGUCAACGAUGGAUUCAACAACCAGAUGACAUUAUAAUUGAUGGCAAUAAUAGGGUCGAAAAUCGGCCAAAAUAUUGGUGUGAAGAUGCGACACCAUCAUUGACAUUGAAUGCUGAUCAUCAUUCGAGCAAUGUGAAAGUAGAAGAUGGCCAGAAUGGUGAACAUAAUAAUGGUAUCAUUUCGAUUCGUUUUUAAUCAUUGUUAAUCAAUCAAUCAGGAGGAACAUUUGUUUAUUCUAGUCGCAUUUUAAAUAAUUUUCAUCAUUUAUAAAACAUUCAAACAUUAAAUAUAUCAGUUGGAAAUAGUUGAAA